GGAUUCUCCUCGAUUUUGAAUUUCGACCAGUCGGAGAACAUGCGUGGUUUGCAUCGUCAUUGCUUCGGGUUGCUGCACUAUGGCCAACCAGCUGCAUGGUGGAUGCGUGGCUCGAGGGAGCUACUGAAGGAAGCAAAACAUCAUUAGGUUGUUGGAAGUGAGUAUUGGUCAAAGUCAUGUAACGAAGUCUGCAAAGAAGUUGGAGAGUGCUAUUCAGUGUGGGCUGCACAAUGCACGGAGCGGGAGAACCACGAAACUCGUGGUUUUGGCUAUUUGGCUGUUUUCUUUUGUUUUUCUUCGGAAAUAAAAAAAGCACAAAAUUGGCAGAUUCAACACAUUCUGGUCAUUUUUUCGUUUGGACCGUUUCUUGCUUCUUCUUACUUGGCUACCGGAUGCCUUUGGAUUCAUCAUUCGGUCGAGCCAUCAAGGAUCAAAAGGAUGUUGUGUACUGUAUGAUGAUGUGCAUUGCUGGUAGCUUCCCUGGAGCAUCUCAAAAGUAGUGGUGAAGUACCGACAUGUUCUUUAUUCAUGGAAGUGGUGAUCCUGUUGUGUGUCUGGGUGCCUGGAAAGUCGACGAGUAAACUGCUUCCGACGGACAGCAGAGAACAAAGCUUUUUGCUUCAGGAUAGUGAUCAAAACAUGACUUUAGUUAGAAGAGAUGAUGACAAAAUCUUUGAAUUUCAGUGCCAUCAUCAUGGGAACCCCUCUAUCCAGCCACUAUGAAGGUUACUACCCGGUUUCAGAGGCUCUACCUGUGAAUACCAAAAAGAAAGAGGACUGAUCUCUUUCAUAAUGGUUUUCAGGAUUCUUUGGCACAAAUCGGCAAGCCGCAGCUGAAUCUACUGGUAUCAUGGGGCUUUCCGCCUCCAAGGAUUGGAAGCCUAAUGAGCAGGCAGCCAGGCAGUUUCGACAGGCUGAGCAAGCCCUUUUGAAAAAGUACGGUGUCAAGGACAUCACUACAGAGCGUCACCUCAAGUUGAGCUCAAACCCUGCACUAGGAGGCGUUACAUUUGCUAGAGUCUUGGAGGUCAACUUACCUGUUGCCACGGCCAGCCAACCAAAGGCAAAUGACAUUCCUGUCAUGUUUUUCCACGGCGGUGGAGGGACACCAUGUGACUGGCUGCCAAUCUUGCCCCAUUUGGUCCAACCUGGACGUGUAGUCUACCUCGUUGAACGUCCUGGCAAUGGGUUGUCCUAUCCCUUGGAUUACACUACGGUUGAAGUGGCUGACUUCUCAGCUCAGUUUGUAUCCGAGGUGCUCCAAGCCUUGAACAUUCGGAAAGUGCACUUGGUGGGAAAUUCUUUUGGUGGUGGGACUGUUGUGUGGUAUGCCAACAAGCAUCCCAACCUAUCUACUGCUGUGGCCAGCAUAACUUUGGUGGGCACUCCAGCCGGUUUCCAAGGAAUGAACGUCCCAUGGGUUGCUUGCCUUGUACGUCCUUGGAUGGGAACCAUUGGUGGCUUCUUGGCACCCUUCUUUCCAUUCAUACCCGCCUUCCUCAUGGGCGUUGUUUUGCGCAUUUCUCUCAAUGCCCUUUCUGUGGGCUAUUUGUACUAUCUUUAUUUGGCCUACUGUAUGCGCCACAAUACGGAGUCAAUCAUUACAAUGAUCAUGCAGCUCUAUCCCCUCGCUCACAAGGGAAAAGGCUGGAAACUCAAGGACCUAGAACACCUCAGCCUCAAGACCUGUGUCUACGUCCUGAUGGGCACUUGUGAACCUUUCAUUUCUUCUGCCCAACAAGACGAAAUCACACGUUGUAUUGGCGCGGAGAAUCACAUUCGAGAUAUUGGUUUUGGACACAUCCCUUGGUUUGCAGAUCCGAAUGAAUAUGCUAUCACCCUUCAGAGGCUCUGGGCGGAAGCAGAAGCUCAUUCCAAUGCAUCAGAAUCUCGAGCUUUGAUGCCCAUCUUCCACCAAUCCCCGAAUGCAAUGGUUUGCAAGCGAUUGGAACCUCGAAGUGGCAAGGUGUUCUAGCUAGUUAGGUAUGUUAGAGGCAGGCAGGAGAAGGUAUUGAAACUAGUUUUUUCGACACACGUUUACGAUCUUUUGGGCUUGGGA